CUUUCUUUUGAAUUUAUCUUCUUCUUCUUCUGUUUCAUCUUUUCGAUUCUGCGAAUCUGAGCUUCUUUCUUCGUUUGUUUUCAGCUUUGGAGUUUUGUGAUCUCCGUGAUCGGGUGUCUCUUUACUUGCUUACAAAAUUUUUGUCUCGCAUUUGUUCUUCUCGAUUCGAUAGCAGUACGAAGAAUCACUAUAGAUUCUGUGUGUGUUCGUUUCCCCGUCGGUUCUAAGCUUUGCUCGAUUGUUUGCGCAAGUCUUAGGUGUUUUUGCUUUAAAAUCAACGAGCGUCGGCUCUUCCAAGACGUGGUCAAAGUUUUAGAGUAUCUUUGAUUUGAUUUGCGUGUCAAUUCAGCAUUUUAAGAAUUUGGAAAUUGGUGAAUGCUCCGGCGAGAUAUUUCUCUGUGCCCAGCGGCUUGGGCGUAGAUCUAAAUUUAUUUUCAAAAGAUAUUGAAAAAUCAGCUAUAUGACCUCGUCACCGUCAAUGGAGAACGGGGGCUCAGCCUCCCCUGUAUCAUCUGCUCUUCUUGGCUGUAUGCAAGAGUUCAAACUCUUCGAGACUCAAUCGAAUUUCUACAUGAUUGGCUGGAAUGGUAGUGGAGUGUAUAGAAUACUAAAGAUAGACAGGCUCGAUGCGUCUGAGCUUAAUAUCAGGGAGGAUUCCACUGCUUAUUCCAAAAAAGAAUGCUACGAGUUGCUAAAAAGGAUACAUGAAGGGAACAAGGCGACGGGUGGACUGAAACUUGUCACUGUUUGUUAUGGAAUCAUUGGGUUCAUUAAGUUUUUGGGACCAUACUACAUGCUUCUUAUAACUGAAAGAAGAGAGAUUGGUGAAAUUUGUGGUCACAUUGUUUAUGAAGUGUCAAAAAGUGAGACAAUUGCAUUGCAAAACUCUAGCGUGCUUAGCAACAUUGCAUUUUCGAGAGACGAGAACAGGUACAAGAGACUCCUGUGUAUGGUGGACCUUACAAAAGACUUCUUUUUCAGCUAUUCGUACAAUAUAAUGCGAAGCUUCCAGAAAAAUAUAUGCGACCAUGAGAGUGGAGGUACUCUCUAUAAGAAAAUGUUUGUGUGGAAUGAAUUCUUGACUCGGGGAACCCGACAUCUUCUUCGGAAUACCCUGUGGACUGUAGCAUUGGUGUAUGGUUUUUUUAAGCAGACAACACUCUCUGAAGCCGGACGGAAUUUCAAACUCACUCUUAUUGCUAGGCGUUCUCGCCAUAAUGCUGGAACCAGGUACUUAAAACGCGGAAUAAACGAAAGUGGCAAUGUUGCUAACGAUGUGGAAACAGAGCAGAUAGUGUCAGAGGACGUUCCUGCAGACUGUCCCAUGCAAAUAAGUUCUGUUGUACAGAAUCGUGGCUCAAUCCCUCUAUUCUGGUCACAAGAGACCUCACGGAUGAAAGUUAAGCCUGAUAUAGUAUUGUCAAAAAGGGACCUGAACUAUGAGGCAACUAGACUUCACUUUGAAAACCUUGUGGAGCGAUAUGGAAUCCCCAUCAUCAUUCUGAACUUGAUCAAGACCAAAGAGAGGAAACCCAGGGAGUCGAUUCUCCGGGCAGAGUUUGCUAAUGCAAUUGACUUUAUAAACAAAGAUCUGCCAGAAGAAAAUCGGCUUAGAUUCCUCCACUGGGAUUUGCACAAACAUUUUCACAGCAAAACGGAAAAUGUAUUGGCACUUCUUGGAAAAGUAGCUGCCUGUGCAUUGAUGUUAACAGGUUUCUUUUAUUAUCAACUUACACCAGCCAUGAAGCUUGAGGGUUAUAUGAGCUUGUCUUCUUCUGAUGCCGAUAUGUCUCCACAUAAUAGUUCUGAUGAUGAUAGUGGGGAAUAUGAUUCCUUAGAGAAGAAUUUUCGCCAAAACCAGAAUGCUGCAAAUGGCGAUUAUAGUAAGCCUAUUAAGCUCCAGAGGGGAGUGCUGAGGACCAAUUGCAUAGAUUGCCUUGAUCGUACAAAUGUUGCCCAAUAUGCAUAUGGUUGGGCUGCUUUAGGGCAACAACUUCAUGCUUUAGGAAUUAGAGAUGCUCCAACUAUAGAACUUGAUGAUCCUUUGUCUAGUACUUUAAUGGGGUUAUACGAGAGAAUGGGAGACACACUAGCUUACCAAUAUGGUGGAUCUGCAGCCCACAAUAAGGUUUUUAGUGAGAGGCGAGGUCAGUGGAGAGCAGCAACCCAGUCACAAGAGUUCUUGAGGACUCUGCAACGUUAUUAUAAUAACGCAUAUAUGGAUGCGGAUAAACAAGAUGCCAUUAAUAUAUUUCUUGGUACUUUCCGGCCUGAACAAGGGAGGCAGGCGGUUUGGGAGUUGCGUUCAGAUUCCCACUCUAAUGGACGAAGUGGAGAGAUAAACAUGGGGGAAGAUGAAAGGUUUCUUGUGAAGAGGUGCUUAUCAGAUGGAAAUAUUCUCCAUGAAAGUCACACUCCGAUGUCUGCAAUGAGUAGAAAGAAUGAAAGCAUGUCACAUAAAGGCUUUGUGUCGUCACACCAAGUAACUCAUAUAAUUUCAGAGUCAUCACCAGAUAUGCCAGCUGCCGGUGAUGUAACAUUAUCGAGGUGUACUCCGUCAAGGCCUAGCACAUAUUUUUUUGGAGAUGCCCAAAAGGUUCAGUAUAAUGGUAGUAGCUCCAUUUACUUGUCUGAGCAAGAAGAUAUGUCUAGUGUCUCAAAUUUCGUUGAUAUUGAGUGGCUUUCGUCGUCAGAAAAUCUAUGUGAGAACGAUCAAUUGUCCAGGCCGUCAGCGGUUACAAUAUAUUCAACCGCCGAGAUAUCUUCAUCAGAAAAUAUUGUGGCUGAAAGAAAACAAACGACGCUAGCUAUGAACAAGAGUGGAUCAAGCAGCAGGAAGGGAAAAGAACCUAUGGGAGCCGAGCAAUCUGUACACACGACGAUUCGCGAUGAUUUCCCAGACAGCUUCAAGCAAUGGGUAGCGUACGGGGAAGCACUCUGCCAUUGAAAGAUCUCUCAACCGUCCAUAUCCAACAAGAACAUAUUUUACCUUCACCAUACUUAAGGUCUUCUGGACAUUUGGGUAUUACGGUACAAACAUGGAGAAGCGACUGGUAGAGAGAUUCGCAGUACCAUGUAUUUGAUAUUUCUCAGUGACAGACUGACGACCGAUACGAUCAACACAGAUGAGAACUAUUAAGAGGAGCAAAUACUAAAGUAGCCGAGAAGUUUUGAGUUUGCAGUCUUGCAGAGAAAAUAAAAGGGAAAUUUCAUGUUUAAGGGGAGAAACUUGUGAUAUAGCCUGAGGCUAAUGUUAGGGUCUAUUAUAUAUUUUUGUUUGAGGUCUGUUGUAAAUAUAUAUAUGUUUGGUUUUAAACCCAUCAUAUAAGCUCUGUUCUGUUAAAAAAAUAAAUCCAUUUUUAUCAUCU